GUUAGCUUUCAGUUUCAUGAAAUAUCGGCUUCAUUUCCCAAAUCGUCUCGGUUUCCUUUUUUUUUUUUUUUGGUCACAAGUUUCCCCUAUCACUUUUGGUCACGGAUUCUUGAAUCUUAACUUCCUCCAGGGUUGUUUCGUUAUGUAAGAUCGCAAAAGGGAGAGAGGGUGGUUCGCUUUCGUUUCUCCGCGGGUUUUUCCUUCCUCCAAGCGAUAACAGCAGCCGGCGGUCGGUUUCGAUUUCCCAGUUCGCGAAUGGGCCGGGGCCGGGGCCGGGGCCGGGGCGGUUUCUUAAGCCGCUCCCGGUUUCGUUUCUCCUCAUGCUGCCCGGCAGCGCCGCUGGAUCUCUCCGGCUGCUACGAUUAACCAUGGAUAAGCUGCUCCCUGCGAACCAAGCGGGCUGGCUGGAGCGCUCCUUCGUAGCUGAAUCGUCAAGGGCGGAGGUGGCCUAUUUCUCCCUCAGCGGCGCCGACGGGCAGCCAGGCAACCCCGUGAGGCCCCGGUGUUUCCUGCCUCCUCCGGGCAGAUGCUAUUCCUUCGGCGUCCCCGUGGCUCCAACCCCGCGGGAGCGCGUCCGAGCUGCCCGGCUGCAAGGGACUUUACAGCGCCGGCUCGAGCAGGAGGCGCCUUGGGGCGACCGGGGCCGAGUCCUGCCGCUCCUCUGCUACGGCCGUGGCGGAGCUCUGCUAGAGAAAGGCUUCUUGGUUCAGGACGAGCAGGGCCUGCCAGAGACGCGGGCGUUUUUGGAAGAGCUCUUGGGGGCCCUGCUCCCAGCGCCGGCCCACCUUUGGGUGUACGAGCCAGGCGAGAGCGGCCGGCUUGGCUGCGCCUUGUGGGGCUGUAAAGGGCCAGGAAAGGAGAGCGAGCUGCUGGGCAGGGCUAGUGUGGUGGCCGCGGAAGAACCGCAGUCCCACCCGGCCGUGCCUCACCUUCUGGGCAACGCCGUGUUCAGGUCUCGGGAAGCUGCCCGACAAGUGCUGGAAGAAUGCACUUCAAUAAUUCCUGAAUCCAGACUGAUUCUAGAACUAGUGGAUAAGUGUCCUAAACAUCCAAAGAAAGGAAAUUUUCCUGUAAUCGUUAUUGAAGGGCUAGAUGGAACAGGCAAAACAACAGUGACUCAUUUUUUGAAAGACUCAUUGAAUGCUGUGCUCUUGAGGACUCCUCCAUCUUGUGUUAGCCAAUGGCGGAAGAUUUUUGAUGAUGAACCACCGAUCAUACGGAGAGCAUUCUAUGCACUGACUAACUACAUUAUGGCGUCUGAAAUAGCUGAAGCAUCCUCUAAGUCACCAGUGAUUCUAGACAGAUACUGGCACAGCACUGCAGCAUACGCAAUUGCAACUGAAAUCACAGGGAAUGUGCAAAAUCUUCCUCCACCUCAUCACCUGGUGUAUCACUGGCCUGAUGAUCUUCUGAGUCCAGACAUUGUCCUGCUCUUGACUGUUAGCCCUGAAGAAAGAGUCCGGAGGCUACAGGGACGUGGGAUUGAGAAAACAAGAGAAGAGGUUGAUUUGGAAGCGAACGAUGUCUUCCGUCAAAAAGUUGAAGAGUCUUACAGAAGAAUGGAAAAUCCAACAUGUCGUAUCCUUGAUGCCAAUCCUCCUAAAGAAGGUGUUGCCAAAGCUGCUCUACAUUUGAUUAAAAAUCACUGUCGUUUCCUAUAGCUGUUUGUGUAUAUACACUAUUAUUGUCAAUAACUGUCGGAAUGAAAAUUUCCCAAGGAAAACGGAUGUUAAUAUUUUCUGAACAAGUGAGAAGCAUAAGGCAUGCAAGACAAUAAAUAGUCUUUCAUAUGGAAAAGCUAAUAUUUAAAAUAUGUAAUCAUACUGAAAUGUACUUCUGCGACAGGAAUGCAAAAUAUAUACAUGAUACAAACGUUGAUUGUAUUGGCACUAAAUUUGUGUAGAUUUUCCAAAAUAUUCUCCUUGUCUGAAUUAACUUAGUGACAGUAUCACAUAGACAGAUUAUAGUAAGUCUUUAAUGAGGUGGGCUUAUCAAAAGGUAGAAUAAUUAAGGACUUGAACAUGGUCAAUGGAGAUAAAAUUCUGAACUGAAGUGAAAAAUAAAUGGUG